UCGAGGGCCCGCAUGCCAGCUAACGCUCGCGCGUCCGAUUGGAUUUCCGUGCUGGAGCUGUCGGACCCCCGGGUGAGCAAGAUCUACGGCCUGGCGCCGGACCGGGAGGAGACGCUGGAGAUCCUCUCGCGGGCGGCCGCCCAGCGAGGGGUCCAGGUCUUCGCCAAGGUGCUCUGGGGCGACCCGGCGAAGAAGCUCACGGAGGCGGUGCACAAGGUCCCACUCCAGUGGCUGGUCGUCGGCAACAGAGGGCUCAGCACAGUCAAGAAGGUUCUGAUGGGGAGCGUGAGCACCUACGUGGUGAACCACGCGGCCUGCCCCGUCACCGUCGUCAGGGAGAACAUGCUGCCAUCAGCACUGACAACCAGCUACUGAUGUCCUACCUUACCAUCUGGGGAUUGCACAGCAGUGCGCAGUGCAGCUGGUUUGCCCCUGCUCUGCUCUAGUACGUUGAAGCCCAUGUAAACCAGGGAGUAAGAUGUCUUGUGCCAUGUCACUCUCUGUAAGAGCAUAAUCUGUGUCAUAUAUGAAUAAGAAAAUAGUAUGUGGCCGUAAACGUGUUUUCUUUAUGAUUUUCCUUUGCUUUGUAAAUAUAAAUAUCUACAAGUGAGAAUACAUGCAGGAGUCUAUUAAAAAAGUUA